AUGCCUCGCUCCCGGCCCCCAACGACUGGCUACGAGCGUCUCGCUCAGGCCGAUGCCCUCUCCUCCGACUCCGAAGAUGAUGAUCCCCUUACCCAGUCAUACGCCUCUCUCCAGCCGGCCUCCGCCCCUCGCUUCGCGCCCAUCUCCCAACCGCGCCCCCGCUCGGGCAUGACGACCCCGAAGCCUAUAAACAUUGGCCCUUCUAGACCUAGGAACCGCCGUCGUGGUGGUAGCAACUCCGGUGUGGACAUCAAGGCCAUCAAUGCCAGGCUGGAACGAUGGGCAGACGAGAUUGCUAGCCGGUUCAAACGAACCAGGGGCCGUGGUAAGACCGGCGAGGACGAACAUCUCGAGAUCCAUCAUUCAGUGUUCCAAGCACCGGAGGGUGUGCGGCCCAUCACCCCUGAGGGCUUGGCUGUGGUACAAGACGUUAUGACCAAAUCCCAGUUCGAAGAUAUUCUGCGCAGCGUCAAGCAGGCCAUCCUGCAAGGCACACACCCACGUAUGAUCUCCCAGGGAAGCUCCGGCAGCUACUUUGCUCGCAAUACAGAAGGAAAGGUUGUGGGCGUUUUCAAGCCCAAGGACGAAGAGCCAUAUGCCGCUGGUAACCCCAAGUGGAACAACCUUAUUCCCAACCUGUCAUAUGUCAGUGAAGCGGCUGCAUAUACGCUGGAUUGCCAACUUCGCACUCACAUGGUGCCCUACACGGACGUUGUAUGGUUGUCCUCUAAAUCCUUUCAUUAUCCAUUCUGGGAUCGACGCAACUUCUACAGAAAGCAAAAACCGCUCCCCGAGAAGCCAGGGAGUUUCCAGGUCUUCCUCAAAGGUUUCAAGGACGCCAAUGUGUUUCUGAGAGAACACCCUUGGCCGGACCAGUAUUGGUCCGGGUUCAGAGCUAACGACCCGCACCGCAAACGUAGGAGGAGAUGGGCAGAUAACUGUCGGCCUAGCAGCGCCGCAGCUCUGGAUGAUGUCGAGAGCGACGAUGAUAGCAGACAAGAAAGCCUGCCUCCUGGUCCAGACAACUUCGUGUGGACCGAUUCACUGAAGCAGUCGUUCCGCGAAGAACUGGAGAAGCUGGUUAUCCUAGACUACAUUAUGCGGAACACUGAUCGCGGCCUAGACAACUGGAUGAUCAAGGUGGACUGGAGCACCCAGCAAGUAUCGAUCGCCUCAGAGCCGCUCCAGAUGAACAUGGAGACAGGCCCAUCCGAAGAGGACGGGCCGCGCCCCGUAGACCUGAACCAGCGACCAGCAGCAGAAAGCCGCUCCUCCUACCCCUACAAAACUCAGCAGCCCAUGAAGGCAUCGAGCCCUUUACCGAGCACAAGGGAUCCUAAGAUCACGAUCGGCGCUAUUGACAACUCACUCUCCUGGCCCUGGAAACACCCAGAUGCAUGGCGAAGCUCGACGGACGAGAACACGGAUGCGUUUUAA